AACAGUACUCAAGUUGAACUCGGCGGGUCCUGCUAUCAUCUUUCACAACUGGAGUCCACGUUCUACGAUGCCAUGUCUUCUUGCGACAGUCUUGGGAUGCACCUCGUCUCCAUCGGAUCCCAGGAAGAGCAACAAUUCCUGGUAGAUAUGUUCGUUAACCAAGAUUACUGGAUGGGCCUCACCGGUGUUGCCUGGCUUGAUGGUUCAAGUAUCGCCUACGAAGACAUCGGCCAAGCUUCGGCGGCACUCGAUCAGGGCGGCGUCUGUUUCGCGAUUCUGCCGUCGUCUUCAUCCGAAUGGUUUGAUGCUCCGUGUUCGAUCUCGAAUUACUACAUUUGCGAAAAAGAUGGCGCGUGCGAUGCGUCGGAGUACAUUGAACACGACGGUUCCUGUUAUUUUUUCUCGCAAAGCAAGGAGAACUUUUACUCGUCAAAAGCAUCGUGCGAAAACAUUGGAAUGCAUCUGGUCUUCAUAGAAUCGUCGAAGGAACAAAAGUUUUUAGCCGACAACUUGCCCAAACGUGACGAUUACAAUAGUGAUGAGAGCGAUGAUGGCGAUAUUGGGGCAGGCAAUAGUGGUAGCAGCAGUGGAGGCAGUGGCGAAGAAAGCAACUCCGACAGUCAUGACAGAAGUAGAAGAAGCAACAGUGACAGUGGUGACAACAGUGGAGGAAGCAACAGCGACAGUGGUGACAGCAGUGGAGGAAGCAACAGCGACAGUGGUGACAGCAGUGGAGGAAGCAACAGCGACAGUGGUGACAACAGUGGAGGAAGCAAUAUCGACAGUGGUGACAGCAGUGGAGGAAGCAACAGCGACAGUGGUGACAGCAGUGGAGGAAGCAACAGCGACAGUGGUGACAACAGUGGAGGAAGCAACAGCGACAGUGGUGACAGCAGUGGAGGAAGCAACAGCGACAGUGGUGACAACAGUGGAGGAAGCAAUAUCGACAGUGGUGACAGCAGUGGAGGAAGCAACAGCGACAGUGGUGACAGCAGUGGAGGAAGCAACAGCGACAGUGGUGACAACAGCGGAGGAAGCAACAGCGACAGUGGUGACAACAGUGGAGGAAGCAACAGCGACAGUGGUGACAGCAGUGGAGGAAGCAACAGCGACAGUGGUGACAACAGUGGAGGAAGCAACAGCGACAGUGGUGACAACAGUGGAGGAAGCAACAGCGACAAUGGUGACAGCAGUGGAGAAAGCAACAGCGACAGUGGUGACAACAGUGGAGGAAGCAACAACGACAGUGGUGAUAGCAGUGAACGAAGCAACAACGACAGUGGUGACAACAGUGGAGGAAGCAACGACGACAGUGGUGAUAGCAGUGAAGGAAGCAACAGCGACAGUGGUGAAAGCAGAGAAGCAGAAAGUGGCUAUUGGAUUGGUCUUUCUCGUCUCUUUUGGGAAGAUGGUUCGAGUUUGUCCUACAAUAAAUUAAGAGAUUACAGCACAGGACUCGCCAUGGGAAAGGUAUGCUUUCGCAUGUCUGUCAUCGACAAUUUCAAAUGGAUGUCUGAUUCGUGUUCUGCUAAAUACCACUACGUUUGCGAGAAGGAAAGUGCCUGUGACGAGAGCAGUCAUGACACCAUGUUCGAAGGGUGUUGCUAUCACUUCUCCCACACCACGUCCAACUUCACGAGUGCCAGGUCCUCAUGUGAGGGCUUAGGAAUGCAUCUGGUCUACAUUGGGUCUCUGGUGGAACAGAACUUCUUGGAGAACACUAGCCCACUGCAGGCCGAUGCCGAUGGCUGGUGGAUAGGACUGUCGAGUGUGUCGUGGAUCGAUCGAUCAGGUUUAACGUUUGAGAACUUCGGAUCUGCUUCUGCUGCUUUUGAUGACGGUGGGCUUUGCUACCGACUAAGAGCAGAAGACGAUUUCCAGUGGGUGGACUUGAAUUGUUCUGAAAACAACCGAUACGUUUGCGAAAAGGAGAUCGAAUCAGAAACAACGUCGGUCCGUUCUGCUGCAUCAGCAACUUCUUCGGAACCUGCAGCCAUUCCUGAUACACCUUUGAUUCACAAUCGAGCCCUGAGUAAAUCUGCGAACUACGUCCUUGUAAGAGACAACACUGCUUUAGUUGAUAAUUACGUGCGGACAUCGAUCACUACAUCGUCACUUAUCAAGUGUUCUCAAUUGUGUUUCACAUAUCCCAUGUCAUCUUGUUCAUGCUUCACUUACAUUGAGCACAAGAGGGCGUGCUUGCUAACUGAGAAAUGUUCUUCAUCCCGAUUCGAAACACGACGUGGAGCGAAGACUUAUAUGGUUCAUUGAACUAAAAAAAAAAUCGUGUUCUACGUCAAUAUUUUAUCGAAAAAUGAGUCAAGUAUAUGAAGC